UCUUUCACAAUAUCAUUUUAUAAUUUUUUUCAUCUUUUUCUUUCUUUCUUUGAUAUCAUUGUGAGAAAAAAUGGCUAAUGUUGGAAACACUAGUGUGGAUACUCUUCUUGAAGAGCUGGAUCGUGAGAGCAAUGAGUUGAAAGAUGAGUUUGAGAAGCUCUGUGCGGAGAUAGUCCAACUUCAUCCUACAACUGGUCGAACUUCUGUUGGUGCCAUUGAAGAGGUCAAGAAGAAGUUCAACGAUAUGCAAGUGAAGUUGGAAGAGCUCUCCAAGAAGUUAAAAGAAGUUGAGAAGGAGAUGGAGGAAACCCAAGAGUGAUAGGUUACUUUUACAAUUCCAGAGUGAAGCUCUCUUAUAAAUAAGUAACUGAAAUAUUGAUCUUGAGGGGGAUUGAAAUAUACAUGUUAAUUUAAAAUUUUCUUAAACUAUUAAGUCCAGGAAAACUUUCUUGUAAGUAAAAUAAUUGGGAAAUCGUUGUCUCUAAACUCUGAUGAG